UCCCUUCACCACAACAAAAACACACAAACUGAGUGACAGAGAGAAGAAACAGAGAAACAGAGAGAGAGGAAUGGGGAAAUCACAAGUAGAGCACACACAAAAGGCUUUUGGGUAUGCUGCCACCGAUGGAUCUGGAAUCCUCAAACCCUUCCAUUUUGCUCGAAGGGAAAAUAGAGAUGAGGAUGUCACCGUCAAAGUCCUUUACUGUGGAAUUUGUCACUCGGACUUGCAUCAUUCCAGGAAUGAAUGGGGGUUUGCUGAUUAUCCUAUGGUGCCUGGGCAUGAGAUGAUUGGAGUUGUGGCGAGUGUUGGGAAAGGUGUGAAGAAAUUCAAGGUGGGGGAGAGGGUUGGGGUCGGGGUGAUGGUGGGUUCAUGCAAGUCUUGCAAUCUCUGCAAGCAGAACUCGGACAAUUACUGUCCUGAGAUAGUAUUUACUUAUAACUCUAUCGACUUCGAUGGGACUAAAACGUACGGCGGUUAUUCUGAUAUAAUUGUCGUGGAUGAAAACUUUGUGCUAAGGAUCCCUGAGGGCCUGCCGUCUGAUGCUGCCGCCCCACUGCUAUGCGCGGGGGCGGCAACAUACAGCCCAAUGAAAUAUUAUGGAAUGAACGAACCAGGAAAGCACUUGGGGGUUGCAGGACUUGGUGGACUUGGUCAUGUCGCUGUGAAAAUUGCUAAGGCAUUUGGGUUGUAUGUUACUGUUAUUAGCAAUAACAAAAACCAGAAGAGUGAAGCAUUUAGGCUUGGGGCUGAUUCCUUCAUUGAUAAUACUGACCAAGAACAGUUGAAGGAAGCCGUGGGUACGAUGGAUUACAUCCUUUCGACUAUUUCUGCAGUUUAUUCCCUGACUCCACUUCUUGAUAUGCUGAAGGUGAAUGGAAAGCUGGUAACUCUGGGGUUGCCAGUAAAGCCUCUGCAACUGUCCAUCUUCGACAUAGUUUUGGGGAGAAAGUUUAUCGGAGGAAGUAACAUAGGAAGUACCGAGGAUACCCAGGAGAUGCUAGACUUUUGCGCAAAACACAAUAUCACUGCAGAUAUUGAACUAGUCAAGAUGCAAGACGUGAACAAAGCCAUGGAUAGGCUUGCCAAAGCUGAUGUCAAGUACCGGUUUGUGAUCGAUGUGGCUAACUCUUUGUCACAGGAGAUCUGAUCUGCUUACAAGUCUUGGCUUUGAUGGGAUUUGCUGCUUUCUUUCAAUUUAAUUUGAGCAAUUGCAAUAAUGGUAUUUUAGGGGGUUAUGGUUAUGGAUGAUAUUUGCUAUCCCAUUUAAUGGGUCAUUGAAAUAAAAGGGCUCAAAUAAUGUCGUCCUUUAUGUUCAAGUGGGCUCCACAUUUACUUUGCUUUGCAAUUGAUGUCAAAAAUCUAUUAACAAUACAAGUCAGUGAUUUGUGUGACA